CCCUCUUGCACAAAAAAAAAAAAAAGGCCUUUCUAGGGUUUACGUUGAGUUUUCUAAAACCCUUCGCGAUUGGGGCUUUUCCUUUCACUUGCAAACGGGCAAUGGCGACUUCCAAGAUCUUACUUUCCCACCUGCGUCGUUCCAGUCCUCUUUCCACUCCUUUUCUUGUGCGUGUCUCUCACCUCCCUUACUACCCUGCACCUCAAUCUCAGCCCAACCUGCCGCCUCGCGUCACCCCAAUCGCCCCCUCCAUUUCUCGCUCCUUCUUCACUUCGCCCAACAACUAUGAAGAAAAUAUCCUUCCGGUUCGUGCAAUCGUUUCAUUGCUCGAUGGUUACCAUAAUCUCACUGGUUUCCCUUGGUGGAUAACUAUUGUAACUUCCACUGUGGCUAUGAGAUUUGCAUUGUUGCCAUCAGUUGUUAUUCAUCUUCAGAAGAUGAAAAGGAUUGGAGAGUUAGCUCCUAAAUUGCCUUCUCCAUUUCCACCACCUAUGUCAGGAAGAAGUUAUAAAGACCAUUUUAUACAUUUUCGAAAGGAAAGAAAGGCAAUUGGAUGCCCCUCUUUUUUAUGGUUUCUUGCUCCCUUCUUAACUCAGGUCCCAUGCCUUUUCUUAUGGGUGACUAGCAUUCGCAGAAUGUCAUUGGAUAAUCAUCCUGGGUUUGAUAGCGGUGGUGCAUUAUGGUUCCAGAAUUUAACUGAACUUCCUCACGGUGUUUUAGGCCUCAUAUUUCCAUUUCUGAUUGCUAGUUUGUACUACAUCAAUGUUCAGAUUUCUUUUGCGACAUCUUCAAUAGAGAAAGUUGAUUCGUUAUUGGCAAAAGCUUUCAAGUUCUAUAUGGAUAUUCUGACAUUACCUCUUUUUGGUAUUGGUCUGUUGAUUCCCCAGGGAAGUCUAGUCUACUGGGUUACCAAUAGUUCAUUAAGUGUUAUUCAGCAAUUAACCCUCAAAGACCCUGCUGUUCGUGCAAUUCUGGGCUUACCAGACAAGGAUGCUUCUACAGCAGGAGCACCAUCUGUGGAGCCACCCUCAAUGGAACUUAGAAUUCCUGUUCAGAACUUAAGUCCUGGAGAACUGCUUGCGCUUUCAAUCAAACACUUGUCACGAGGGGAAAAAGAUCAAGCAGCUUCCUUGCUAAGAUUGACACUUGAAAAAGAUCCUGAAUAUGUAAAAGCUAUGGUUGUCAUGGGGCAGACUUUAAUGCAAAAAGGACUGCUGGGGGAGUCUAAUGAAUAUUUAGAGCGAGCCAUUUCAAAGUUGUCUCUCGCUGGCCAUCCAACAGAGGUUGAGGACGUUGAUCUUUUAAUUCUAUCGUCUCAGUGGGCUGGUGUUGUCUAUAUGAAACAGGGGAAGAAGGCGGAAGGACUUGCACACCUGGAAAGAAUUGCAAAUUUGAAAGAGCCAGAGGAUCCCAAGAGCCAAGCUCAUUACUUCGAUGGAUUGUUGUUGCUCUCAAGUGCUUUGGCUGACUCUGGUCGCAAGGCUGAAGCGUUAAAAUUUUUGCGCUUAGUUGUUGCUUAUGAUCCUAAUUAUAACUAUUUACUUGAAGAAUUAGAGAACGAAGAAGAUGAUUUUGCUAGUAAUCUUGCUAGCACUAGGAGACGAGACUAUUGAUUUUUCUUCAUAGUUGUUUCAUUAUUUGAGCUAUAAACAUUUGUUCUGCUAAAAGAAUUAUAGAAUAAAAAGUUAGCCAAGCCGGCUUUCCCCUGUAUAGAAUAAAAAGUUUUGGGGACACCAUGUAUAUAUUUAAUGCUAGAAAUGCUCUCUGAAACCUUGAAUUUGGAAUAAUUUGAUUACUUUUAUAUGCCCUGAAACUGGGACUGGGACUCUUUUUCAUAUUGUGCAUGUGUUAAAUUAUAUUAAUUAGAGCUAAAUAGUAUUUUAUUCCUAAAAUGAAAGCUGUAGUAAACAAAGAAGUCUAAACAGAGGGAAUUUAAACCUUGGAUCUUACGCGUUGGCCCGUCCGAAUGUGUUGGACGAAACUUCAGUUGAAAAGAGAGAGAGUCAAAGAUUAGUCUUACCAAUUUAUCUAUUUUCUUUAUUAAACUUUUAUACGAACUGAAAUCAAAACUAGGUGUAGAGAUGUAUAGUGAGAGUAGUGAUGACAA